AUGUCCUAUAAUCCGUUUCGCAGAACGGGCAGUGUUCCUUCCGCCGACACCGCGCCCAACCGGCCCUUUGUUUCGACGUCAGCAACCCACAUCUUCGAUGACGAUGCCGUCGCUCCCGACCGUUCGACCGCUAGCGCAAUUGCUGCUCCAGGCCCCCACGAGCCUCCAAAGACCCGGACGAAACCCGUAAAACGAGUCCGCGUUCAAACCCCGCCCCCGCGAUCUCCCGACACAGAACCCGACACUCCCUCCUUCAUCGACCGCGCUGUGGAAGAGCAGCUGAGAUUGCAGUCGGACCCUUUCGGUAGCUCCGCUAGGGAACUCGACACCAACGAUGACGACUCUCCGGAGCAGCCGGGAGCGGUCCCCACAACCCCUUCAGUCGGACCCUCCACGAUAUAG